AUUUUUUUCGACUUUGCUGGUUGCUUGUUUUUGGAGCUGUCGCCCACCAUGCGCAAAGUGCGGUGGAGACUGGCAGUGAUGGAAGGAAACUACGAGGGGCUAUGAGGCCCCAUGAUGCACAUGCACCACCUCCGCCAUCGGGCCUGCCGCCACCACGACCCCCUGGCCACGGCCAGGAACGGCACCGCUUCCCGUCAAAGGUGAGAUCCUUGAGUGAAGGUCCUGCUGAUGGGCGUGCCUCCAGAGAGCUAGGUGAAGAGGAGGAGGGCUCCUCCUCCAAGCCUGGGGGCCACAAUAUUCUGGUUGCCGUGCGCAGCCGUGCAUUGCUGCCACAGGAACGCUCUGCUGGAGGCCACGCUAUCAUCACCAUUUGCAAUGGCACAACGGUGAUUUUGGAAGAUCCCCACACAACAGCAGCUGAUGACUACCUACGUCUCAACAAGUCCAAGGAGCGCCGGUACCAUUUCGACCAGGCUUUAGAGGAAACGGCCCAGAACUUGGAGGUCUAUGAGCGAACGACACGCUUUUUGAUCCCAAGUGUCAUCCAGGGUUUCAAUGCCACUGUCUUUGCCUACGGAGCGACAAGUGCCGGCAAAACCCAUACAAUGCUGGGCUAUCCAGGUGAGCCAGGUAUAAUGCUGCUGACACUACGCGAUCUCUUCAGCGAGGUGGCCAACCAGAAGAGCAACCUUCACUUUGAGAUCAAAUGCUCCUUCCUUGAGGUGUACAACGAGAAUGUUCGAGACCUGCUUCGACCUGACAGUGACUUUCUUGACAUUCGUGAAGAUCCAGUGAAAGGCAUGUGUGUUGCAGGAAUCAGCGAAGUAGGUGGACUGGAGAGUGCGGAGGAAAUCAUGGCCUUGCUUCAUCAGGGUAACAAAAACCGGACCACAGAGGCCACGGGGGCGAAUGUGACCAGCUCCAGAAGUCAUGCAGUUCUACAGGUGAUGGUACAUCAGCGAGACAAAACAGCUGAUAUAGUGGCCCACGUAAAUUUGGGCAAGUUGUCCAUGAUUGAUUUGGCAGGGUCUGAGCGAGCUUCGCAGACCAACAACAAAGGUAUGCGGAUGAUUGAAGGGGCCAACAUCAACCGUUCGUUGCUUGCUCUGGGGAACUGCAUAACUGCUCUGAGCUCUGCAGUGGCUUUUGUUCCUUACAGAGAUUCCAAGAUGACAAGGCUGCUCAAGGAUUCGCUUGGUGGCAACUGCCGGACAGUGAUGAUCGCCAACGUCAGCCCGUGCCACAUAAACUAUGAAGACACACACAAUACAUUGAAAUAUGCCAACAGGGCCAAAAACAUCAAGACAAAAGCCGUGCGCAAUGUUGUGCAGGUGAACUACCACGUGUCAAAGUACACUGAAAUCAUCAAAGACCUCCGAAGUGAAAUUCAAGAGUUAAAAGCGAAGUUGGCAGUGCCUGAAGCCCAUCCUGAUAUGGGGGAGGAGGAACUUGACACGAAGCAGAGUGUGAAAUGGAAGCAUGAGUUGAUGCAGAACUUUGAGGAGAGGGUCAGAAUCAAGCGACGUCUUAUCGAUUUGGCACAUGAGACAAAGAAUCAAAUGGUGCAAAAGAGCCACGCGCAGGUUGGUAUCAGCCAGUGGGAAUCAGGUCGCCAGGCACAGUCAGAUGCAGACAUGGACGGCCAACGAACGCCUCCUAACAUCAGGGAACUGCAGGAACAGCUCAAGUUCAUCAAGAGUGAGCUGGCUCGCACAGAAGAGACUACCCGAGUUUUGGAGGGCAUGCUGCACGAGAACCAAGAAAAGGCUGAACGGCUCCAAGCAGAAUUGCCAAGGCGAGUCAAGAACAAGGACAUGCGUGCUUUUUUGGGCCUCAUUUCAAGGAUCUAUGUAAUGGAGGUGGAGAACAUGGACAUGCAGGAAAUGGUGGAUGUCACUGGGCCGCUGCUGGAGCAGAAGGAGUUGGAAGCAGAAGCUUUGCGGCUGCAAAUUCAAAUGCGCGACCGAGUCAUCGAGGAGCAAGACCAACUGCUGCAAGCGGAGGGAAAGGCCCAACUUGCAAAGCCUGACGGAUGGAUCAAUGUCGUGGCAAAGCCAGCCCGCCGAGCUCCAAGCACAGUUCGUUGGCUGGAGGAGGACGACCUUGGUCUGGAUGACUCUCCACUAGCGAGGCGACGCCAUGGCAGUGGUCGUGGAUACGGUGCCUUGGGCUUUUUUGCGGACCAGCCGAGAGAUUUUCCGCCUGAACCACCGUCAGCCCGAGAGCGACUGCCAGACAGGGCGAGGAACAAAUCAGGUGGAACGCCGCCUGCUUCCAACAGCUUCUCCAGCGCUGAGUUUGGCGAGGCGCGCCCGUUGGACGUGGCUGGCAGAGGUCUUGGCCCACCCAGGCCUGCCGCUGCAGAAGAGAAAGAGGUUUCUCUUGCCCGUGCAGCUGAUGUUGAAGGUGAUUUGGAUCCUCGCCUGCCGGUGGUAGAGGGCCAAAACCUGAUGGGUGCAGCGCUGAACGGUGAGAGUACUCCGACUGAAGGCGGAAGUUGUACUUGGCAAGCCUGGGGAGAGACGUUGCUCCUGAGAUCACAAAAAGGCCUGCACGUGGCCGCACUGGUCGCAAACGCCAACCCAAAGCGGAUCGAGAGGUUGAGCGGCCUUUGCAGUUGCAGGUGGAGGCUUCUGCUCUUCGUCGGGACCCAGGACCAGAGGACAGCCAAGGUUCAGGUUCUGAGCGCGAACAUGCAAGUUCGGCAUCGCCACAUCCAGUUGUUAAGGAUGUGGCUGCAGAGCGGCGAGGCCUGCUUUCCAAGCUCAGCAAGCGAAUGAAGUCAGUGGAGAACGCUUCUGCUAAGGACAUGUACUGAAAGCCUGACAUGCGUCAAUGAAGGAGCUUGAGCUCAUGGAUUUGUUCAAGCGAGCCCAAACCCGU